GGUGGCUGCUGGCGCUCUCUGCAGCACAGAUCUGCUGAGAGCGCCAGAGCAGAGCUCCUCCACAGACCACAGCCGCAGGGUUCCCACUGCAGCUCUGAGGAAAACCUCUCACAGAAAUUUAUACGGGAGGACAAAGUGCUACAGCUGCUACCUCACAGGACCACAGGGCAAAAGACAGGGCUCAGAGGAGGAAGAGAAAAAGAGGGAUUUAACAGUGAGAGGAGGUGAGAGGAGCCGAAGGAGAGCCCCAGAUUUUUUUUUUUUUUAGACAACUAGAACUUUUACGUCAAACAGCUACUCACUUUCAGAUUUCUUUGAGUCAUUUACACUCUGCCGGUGGGACUAAAGUUUGCUUUCAGCCAACAUUUCUGCCUCUCUGUCUUGUACAGAAUCUAAAUCUACCUUUAACCCUAACCUCUAUAUAUCUACGAUAAUGUUUUUUUUUUUUUUUCUUUUCUCUUUGGAUGUCUGAGCAGCACUUUCGGAUUGAGACAAUGAAAUAUUCUCAGAUGGGUUAACAAGGACUCAGGUGUCACUCUGAGGAACAUUAAUACAUAUUUUUUGUAUUUCAAGCUUAAAUAAAUGCUGUUUUUUUUCUUUCCCUCUAAGAUGCCUUAUCAAGACAAAUAUCAAGAAAAAUACUGAGGCAUUUUUUUCCCCUUUUUUCCUUCCCACUUUCAUCAAAUCUCCUUAAAGGACACUGUGGGGAGUCCAUAAAAACAUUCUCUUUCUUCUGAAAUAUUUUGGAGGAGACAGCUUUGUUAGGUGAAGUCUUGGCUCUACCUCAGGAUGGCUGGCUGCACCAGCCGCUGCAGGCAGGGGGUGCUCAAACUAAUCCAGUCCCUGCAGAGACUGGUCUCAGGAACCCUCACUAAAGGUAUUUUGUAUCUAUACUCUAACUUGCAUGUCCUUAUAUCCUACACUUACAGGUGCAUUUACACCUUUAAUUAGUUUGAUCUAAUGAGAUACAGUGUGUUUUGGUCAUACAUCUACAAUUUUAAUACAGAAAUAACAGAAUAAGAGUCGACUGCUUUCUGUGAAACACUUUAAGACUUUUAUCACUGAAACAGGACAUAGCUCGUCCUUGCAACUAGAUUGCGGUACUCAUACCAUUACUGAGCUCUAAUACAUUGUGUGACUGACGGUACCAUUAACUCCAGGUCAAGCCAGAGCCUAGUCAUUAUCAGCCAUUUGCCAUGUUAACAGCAUCCGUUGCUUUUUAAAAGUAAAUUUCAGCUCUCAGCGCACAUUUUAUGCCAAAAUGCCAAUCAAAUUUUGGUCUGUUUUUCUUGCAAAAAUAUAUAAGAAAUCACAUUGAAUUCGGGAUAUUAUUUACUCAUAGAUCAGAUUGACCAUAAAUGAAGUGUUGUGUUUUGUGCACACAUAGGCUAUUUCAAUAUAACUAUCACCUCAUUUGAAAUAUUGAAUAGAACUGUUUAUAUAUUACCAGACUUCACAAGGUUUUUAGGACAAAGAAUUAAAAUAAUUUAAGGACACAUUCAAUAUUCGGUUGGACUGCUCAUCAUUUUGACACAAAUGUUUACUUCAGUGACAAAAGAUUUCUGUAAGCUUUUAAUUGGCAGCAUGCUUUUAAGUUUGCUACUGCCUAGCUGCAUUAAUUGCCUUUUGUGAAGCGCUGUGUCACUUGUAUUGAAAAGCGCUAUUCAAAUAUAGUAUUAUCAUUUUUUAUUAUUAUCAGUGAAGCUCUGCAGUAACGUGGAAAUUAGGACAUCCGAACAUCUGUUAUAAAAAGAAAGAACAGCCACAUUAUAUUUAGAGUGAUCUCGAGUGCUGUCACAAACUUCACUGUGUAGCUGCAGGAGGAUGUUGACCGAAAUAUACUGCCUAGAGGGGAUAUACUGUAGAUCUAAAAGUGCCAAAAGACAGCAAAAAUCUUCAUUCUCUAUUACAGAGAUGGGCUGGUUGUCCAAAGCAACUAAUUCAAUGACCUUCUCUCUAAUCUUUGUGGCAUCUUAGCUCUCCUGAGGAUAUUUUCCUUCACUCUUUAAGUCCAGAGUUUGUUGAAUCGGAGCAGCAGCCUUUUCCUCUGUUGCCUCACUGUAUGCACUGUAUUCAGUUGUGUGUUUGAUUUUUAGAUGUAGUAUCAGACCUGUGGUUGCAGCUCUACAGCUACCCUUUUGCAAAACGUAUACUGUACAUAGCAUGCAUUGCUGGUAGCACGUGGACUACUUUUGAUGUCUGAUUGAAAAUGCCUCCACACUGCUGACAUUGUAGCCACAGGGUUGCUGAUGCUGAGACACCUGCAUGUUUAUACUCUACUAGCUCAGUUUAUGACAACUGGCAUAAAAAAGCACCCAACAGUUAAGAUUGUGAUCAGGACAUCCCUGAAUAUUCUUAUUCUUCUUUUUAUACUGAUGAUACACAUUAUCAGGUGUGAGUCGAUUUACUUGGAAGUCAAGUUAAGCUGUCCUUUAUCUCCACUUAUCAUUUCUGAUUUGAUAUUUUACCUACCUUUGUUUCCCCUCCUUACUUCUGUGACUUCCUUGAAAAUAUACUCUAUGUUCUAUCACAUGUGAAAUCAAACAUUUUUGUCAAAUCUUGUCAAGAGUGCAUUAGAAUGUGGGUAUGAAACUGUUCAUGUUCAUAUAUUUGCAUAGUGAUACAACAAAGGGUGUGUGGGACUGCUUUUGAGGUACCUUUCACUUGCAAAUGAUGAGGUUUCUCAUGGAUUUCUCGCUUGCUCUAAUUCAGAGUUCAUUGAUGAAGAAUGUUGGUUUCCUCCAUAACUGUCUUGGACUACAGCUGUGAUGUCGUCAAAGCUGUGUGUACUUGUUAUGCCUCUAAACACAGAAAAAAAAAGGUUCAGGGCACUCAAGGACACCUUCCAGGGUAAUUAAAAGACACAUAAGCAGAAUAGUAAAAUCAAUCAAAAACACAUCAACACAACAAAGUAUUAAAUAAAAAAGUUGCAAGUCCGGACUCUGCAGCAGAACAUCAAAUGCUAGUCUGGGUGGGCCUGUCUGAAAUAAUGAAUUUUGAGACAGGAUUUGAAGAUGGAGAGUAAGUCAAUGUUCCUAAUGUCAGGGGGGAGGGAGUUCCAAAGGCGGGGGGCAGCGCGGCUGAAGGCUCUGGAUCCCAUGUUGGACAGAUGAGCCAGAGGCAUAAUGAGGCUGAUGGAUGAGGCAGACCUGAGAGUCUGGGUGGGAGAGUUGAUGUGGAGGAGUUCAGAGAGGUAUGGAAGAACGAGGUUGUAGAUGGCCUUAAAUAUGUGGAGCAGAAUUUUGUAGUCCAAGCAGUAUUUGAUGGGAAGCCAGGGAAGUUGGUGAAGAACAGGUGUGAUGUACUUGGUAGAUGGUGUUCUGGCGAUGAUACGGGUGACAUCGUUCUGGACCAGUUGAAGCUUAUGGAUAGACUUAUGGGGGAGACCAAUGAGAAGGGAGUUGCAAUAGUCCAGGCGGGAUGUAACCAUUGUAUGGUCCAGGAUGGCAGUGCUGUUGGGGGUAAGUGACGAACGGAGGCGAUUGAUGUUUCAAAGAUGGAAGUAGGCUGACCAGGUUAUGCAAUUAAUGUGAGUUUGGAAUGACAGAGUGCUGUCAAGGACAACACCCAGACUCUUGACCUGAGGGGAGGGGGAAACAAAGGAGUUGUUGAUGAGGAUGGUGAAGCUUGGAGAGUUACUGAGGGUGGAUCUGGUGCCAAUGGGGAGAACUUUGGUUUUAUCACUGUUAAGUUUGAGAAAGUUGGAUGCGAACUAUGAUUUGAUUUCCUGUAAACAGUCACAGAUGGAGAAGGGCGGGAAGGUGGAGGUGGGUUUGGUAGAGAGGUAGAGCUGGGUGUCAUCUGCAUAACAGUGUAAAUUGAUAUUGAAUUUAUAGAAAAUGUGACCGAGAGAGAAGGUAGAUGAUGAACAGGAUGGGGCCGAGGAUUAAGCCUUGGGGGACACCAGAGGAGAGGGGAGAUGGUUGAGAUUUGAAAUUUUUUAAUUGAAUAAACUGUGUACAGCCAGUGAGGUAAGAUGUGAACCAGUCCAGUGGUGUGUCUGAUAAACCAAUAGAUGCUAGUCUGUCAAGAAGGAUGGUGUGGGAGACGGUGUCGAAGGUUGACAUGAGAAGCUGAUGCUGGGGAGGCUGUCAAUACCUGUUUUGAGGGCUGAUAAGUUAAUGUUUUGGAUAUUGCGGAAUGAGAUAAGGCGUGACAGUUAAAAUCUAGAUAGAGUGUUGCUAGUGAAGAAGGAAAUUAACACGUGAUCAGAGAUGGGCAGAUCGGCAGCAGAACAGUUAAAGGGAGCAACACCAGAGCAGCGAACCAAAUCCAAGAUGUGUCUUUUAGAGAGGGUAGGGAAGUUAGUGUACUGUUUUAGUCCAAAACUGUCCAGGCAAGACAUGAAUUCAUUGGUGUGAAAAUGAUUGAUGUUGUCCAUAUGUAUAUUAUAGUCACCAAGAAGAAUUACAUCGGACAAGAGUGAGCAGAUCUGGGUGAGAAAGGCAAAGAAGUCAUUGUUAAAAUCUUUGUUUGGUUUGGGUGGAUGGUUACAGUGGUUUACACUGUUUCAAACAAUGGGUAUGCAGGUACUGUGAGACACGAGAAUUUCAAAGUCUCACGGCACAUUAUCAUGAGACAUCUUUCUCUCCCGGUGAAACGGGAUUGAAACAUAGACUGUAUAUACUAUGGACAACGUGGUUCCGCCUUCCACUUGUAAACCGAUUUGAAGCCAAAAAGCUCUCGGUAAUUCUGCUGUUUUCUCUUUUUCCUGAAACCAAUAUUGCGCAGUAGCGUUGCACGCACUCCACCAUUUGCGCAGUAGCAUCGUGCGUAUUCAGCGGGAGAGUCGUCAAGAGUCGCUACACAAUCUUCGUACGCCCAUAGGCUGUAUCAGGUGUCAAUCAUAGAAAACAUGAACCCCCUAAUAACUUUUAAAAACGGAGCUGUAAGGAAAAAAGAGGACUUGAGCUCAAACCAGUCUUUCAGUAACUACAUGUCAACAUCGCAAGCAGGGGGGAAAAAAAUUUAUGUUCUGUAUAAUGAAUUUCUAAAGUUUGUCCACAGCUCCAUAAGCUUUGCAGGAGGAGGCAGGAUUUAUGACCUAUACUGCAGCCUGUCACCAGAGGGUGCUGUUCUCGGAGUGGCUUCACCCAGCGAGGAGGCAGACGCUGUCCAUUCUACAUACAGUUUAUGGGUUGACAGGUGUAAACAAACCCAGUUGGUGUUGCUUCAUUCAGGUGAGAAAAGUCGUUGUGAUUUUGCCAUGUCUCAGUUAAACAUAAAAAGUCAUACUUGCGGUCAAGGAGGAGGUUCUGCAAAAGUUGUCCUUUGCCCAAAGAGAGCGGAUGUUAAGUAAUCCAACUUUGACGUCAGUGCGCUUGGUGGUGAAGCUAACGUUAGCCGACCUGGCUGGGCUGGCUAACAUACUACAGUCCACUUUCUUCCCGGAGUUUCUCGGCGGAUAACGAGUCUUGGACCAGAUGGAAUUGAUGGCAGUGGAGUCGUCGGUAUGAUAGCUCCAUCGGGAUCCGCGGUGGGUGUAUUUUCGACGUUGAAGGCAAGUGAUCGCCGAGCCGAGGUGUUGUAUCAGGAGUGGAUCCAACUGGUGGCACCGGAGUUGGAGGAGCUCUGCAGCCGUGUAGUGGAAUAAGGCUGACGAUGGAUUUAAAAUGAUAGACAGGACAGUCCAGACGAGGACAACCAGGCUGAAAUUCCACAUGAUGAACAGCAGAAGGGUACCGGACAGCGUGAGGAGAGAGACAUGCCCAGAGCUGGCCCAGGGCAUAACCAAACUAGGCACCUGCUUAGGGCCCCGCAGCCCUAUAGGGAAUCCCCAAGAGCAAUCAAAAAAUAAAUAAAUAAAUAAAGUAAUUAUAUAUAUAUAUAUAUAUAUAUAUAUAUAUAUAUAUAUAUAUAUAUUUAUUUUAUUUUUUUUGGCAUGUUUGAGUGAUGCUUUCUGUAUGAUCAAAUAUAUAUUAUUAUAAAAAUGAAAUAAAACAAAAUAAAGUAAAAACAUUUUAGUACUGCUGCUGAUGUAGGCCUAUGAUUUUUACUGCAGAUAUGUCAAAGCUCUGCUACUGUUACGUGCCUCCUGAUGUGCAAUGUGCACUGAGCAUCCAAAACGUAGGCAGUUGUGCGGCAAAACAAUGUCGCAAAAAAGGACAUAUCUUGAAGGUGUGUGAAUGAUCAACAAUCAAUAUUAUUAACAGAAAUAGAGGGCCCCAAAAUCAUUUUUUUCUUAGGGCCCCAUUGAGGCUCUGGUCAUGCCACAGGUAAGGCAGUCCAAACAAACAAUCAGAGAGUCAGAUCAUUUAAGAGUAGAUCCAGCAUAUAAAAAAACAAAUAUAUUUUGUACCCUUUUUUGUAUCUCUUAAUUCUGUUUCUGUUUUCUCUUUUUAUACUUAUCUAUUGCACUGGAAAUUGAGAAGCUCUCCAAUCUCGUUGUACUUCAGUAUGAUGACAAUAAAGGGCAUUCUGAUCACAGUGUUUACCAAACAUAAGCAAACUCUGAAUUUCUAUGUACUGGAGCACCCUUUUCAAACUCAGUGAAUGCUCACAAAAACUUCUCAGACUCUACAACAGUUCUGAGGCACAUACCUUUCAGAUUAUUGAAGUAAGCACAUUAUUGAAGUAUGAAUUCUCAGAUACAAAAUGUAUUUUCACUCCACAGGGUUUCCUCUCUGACUCAGCAGGGAGCCGAUUUUACACACACAGCACUAUUCUCUGUUAAACUUAUCUCAAACUUACUCACAGUGUUACAUAAAUACUCCUCUGAGACACUAGACUUGUUAGGAGACUACUACAAACAGGUUUUAUAGCAAAAAUAAAAUUAAAUAAAAUUCACCAUACUUUAAAAGUGGAGGAAAUGAAGUACAGCACUGAUAGGAAUUUUCUUUACUCAGGGACAGCUAAACUGAGGAAAUUACAGCGAUUUUUCCAGAGCAAUAGAUAGCAGCAAUGGGAGAUUAAGUCCACAUCUGUAGAUUACAGAUCAACUGUAUUAUAGGUUAAAUUAAGCAAACUGCUCUGAUCGAAUUUCUUGUAUUGCUAUCAACAAUAAAGAAAUUAUUGGUCAAUUUAAGAUGAAAUGUUUUGUUGAAAAUUCACUGGUAUAAGCAGAUAAGGGUUGUAACUUUAACAAGUUAAGUUCAGUAUCUUUUUUACUCCACCACAGAUUUACAAACCAUGAAUUUACUUUCCUUUUACUGGAUCUUUGUGUGCAGGAAAUUUUAAUUUGUCACGCACUCUAAACCUUUUAUCAUGUUCAUUAUCUCUGUGUUAAAAGUCAUUGGCCUUCCUCAGUUGAGAGUAAUUUUCCACCUCAGCAGCCAAAGGAAAAUGCUCAGUCACUGAGUCAGAGUGCAGCUGGGAAUAAACCCUUAUCUUUGAAAAUGCUCCUGCAUAUCAGUAAAAAACACACUUUUUUGAUAAAAGUUUAGUCUUAAAAUAUAUGUACAGGAAUACGUCAUGAGUUUUGUUAUUUUUGACCUUUUUUAACACCAAACUUGAGGGUACACUCCUCACGUAGCUCUGAAUGGUUUACAGGAAAAUCCACUGCAGAGCAUUGAUUUUUUUAAAGGGUGAUGAGGAUAAGAUCACAGAGCAAAGACACAGAAGAGCAACAGUCUUCAUUCUGCAAAUUUAAGGUCACAAAGAAUACUUUACCACUGCAAGGAUAAUCCACAAAACUCUACUUUAGACUGCUACUUUAAUAAUUGUGACAAAAAUAAGAAAUACUCAUAUCAUAAUUCAAUAAUUCUUUUGCAUUUAGGGGGCUAGUUGCCAGAAAAGAGCGUCAUAGCCAGAAGGUUUAACAACUUUGUAUGAUCCUUAUGCACUAUUCUGUAUUCUAUUGUAUUCAACUAUUCUAUUCAAUUCUAUUUUAUUCUAUUCUAUUCGACUAUAUUAGAUUCUAUUCUACUCUACUUUACUCUACUCUAUUCUAGCUUUUAAAAAGUGAACAUCUUAUUAUAUAUUUUUACCUUCACAUAGAUCAACAGACCAGACUUUCAUAAAUUGCCUUUUCAUUUGGAUGUCAUUUGUCCAGUAGGAUUACCAAUUGAACAUUACUGAAUAUAAGCCAAAAUAAUAAAAACAAGACUUUCAUGUGAAUGUAUAUAUAUUUUCACUUCAAUACUAUAAAGCAGGGGACAUGAAAUAUAUCCAACAGCUUGAUAAAACCUGCUGAUGACUAAACUGUGUGUUAUCAACCAAAAGCUUUCUCAGCUACUGUGCUAUUCCAGAAAUAAUACAGCCUACUUACAGUUUGGCUGCAUGGGUGGACAAUCUAGGUCAUGCCAUGCAUCCACAUAGCUAAUAGCCUGUGGAUUAUUCUUCCUUUUAUGUAAUACAACAAAGAUAUACUGGAACAAUUCUGGACCUACUUUUACAGUAAGGGGCUAAUCUCUACCUGCUUGGAAUAAUGCACCAACGCAAAGUAGUAAUGCGGGGGGAAAGGCCCACGCUCAGUGUUGUAGAGGCAGCACUUCUGCAGCAACAGUAUAUUUGUCAUCAAGCAGAGGCUUUUUGGCAUUGUUUUUAUGGUGUGAAGCAUGAGACAGAGCUUAAAAGCUUUCAAAUUACUUUUUCAAUAACACAGGUUUUACAGGCUUUUUUCCUUUCUCUCUGACACUUUUUUGGCCAAAGCUGACGUUUGUGGAUGCCAAUUAUCCAGCCCCUCUGCAACCUCACAAGAUGAUAAGUCGAAAUGGAGUGUGAAUUCUAUUGAACAUCUCAGCAGUCAGUCGAUGCUCUGCCUCUCUAAAUGUUUACUGCUUCCCUCCUGAUGCCCUCAUGUGCCUUUGUGGUUGCGGCAAAAGCACUGACCUCUGGUUAUUCAGGUUAAGACUGUGCACUGAGCUGUGCAGGGGCUGCAUCGUCAUGCGCUUCCUUGAUUAAAAAUCGCUGAGUUAAUGAAGCACCUCUAACUAGACAUAAUUACAAACUGACAAAAUUGAGGAUGAUACAUUUCGAUCACAGUCCAUGAGCUGAAUUAAUGCUUUUUUGCCUGCUUGUAAAAGAUGAAAUAUGGAUAGCUUUCCAAUUUAACGCAACAGCACAGGGUGUAAAGUAAGUGUGACUCAAUGUGUUAAAUAUGCAACAUCACUUCUUUAUCUUGACAUCUCAGGUUGCCAAAGCUUUUAGGCACACAGUUGAAUGAUGGGGCAUACUGACUGUAACACAAAACAAUUAAAUAGACAAAAACACUGACUUUAUAAGCUCAUGGAAUCAAUGUAAAAUUAACCCUCUUGUAUUCAUAGUUAUAAUGAAAAUAUGUAUAUAUAUUUUGUCUGGGAUGAUGGGUAAUUAUGCAAAACAGCAACUGAAAGGAUGAGGUAAGACUUGAAGUAAAGUGGGGGGGGUCUUAUACACCCCUGAGGAGAUUCUAAUUUCACGAUCAUCCAUUCACAACAUCUAUCACCCCACUUCGAAUCCAUCAACAAAUACACACUAUUGUUUUUUUAAAAAGAUUCUGUUGAAUUUUUUAUGUUUUUUUAAUAGAGCGUAAAAUUGUCCUUCGGAUUUGAGGUCUUGCAGUCACUAUGGCAACAGUGUUCUUACCAGCCUGGUGGUAAAAUAACACAAAAUUUAACAUUUUCAGUCACAUCAAAGUCUUGGCAUGAGCCCAUUUGCCAUUAUGAAUCCUCUUGAGCUUAAAAUGUUUAUUCACAAUUAAGUAAAAAAAUAAAAAACUGUUUUUGUUUUCAUCAGUGCAGCACCCUUAAAUCCUGAAACACCGCUAAAGCCCAUACUGCAGUUUGUGGUUGCUUCUUGUCUGUGUGGUUGAUGUCUCUUUCACCUAGCUUCUUGUGUGUUUUAAAACACCGCCUUAGAUUCUGAGAGCUUCUUUGAAAAUCACAAGUCUUCAUAUAGUCCAUCGUUGAUUUAGGGCAGCAGAAUGUUAAAUUGACUAUAAAAGAUCAUUUUGAGGCAUGAAAUCACAAAGGAAAUAGAAACAGCUGAUCUUGUUGGUUUAUGCCAUAUGGCACCACAUCUUUACUUCCUCAGUGUGGACGUGAUUCUGUUCCAGUUUGAACCUUUUUCUGCUCAAUUAACUCAUUAUCGUGUCUCAGGAGAAUCAUCUCUGCUCUGCUGAUUGUGCAGAGGACCUGUAUGCUAUCGUAUGCAUGGAGGAAGACAUGAAAAUAAGUGCACACAAGCAUGUUCCGUUUCACACACGCAACCAUGUCAGGUAUGAAAAAAUGUAAGUCCCUAAUUUGCAACCCACAGUUUGCUUGCAUUCUCAACUCUGAUGUUAACCUUUAAAAUUAUCAUCUCACAGAUACAGCAGUAUAAAUACAGCAUGUUUAUUUAAUUUGAGACAUUUAGUGAAUGCAUGAGUGCACAGGAAACAAGGGUAGUAAUAUGCCUUGGGCCUGAGUCUGACUAAUGCCGUUCCUAAAGGUGCCCAGAUAAUACAUUUUAUUGUCCUCAAGACAUUAAUGCUUCUGUUUCCACAUACUGUAGUUCUGCUUGUAAAAAAUGCCUCUGAGAGUCACUGAAACUAAAAAGGUUUAAGUAUUUUUAACAAGAAUAUAGCUAACUUUUUUUUUUAAUAAAACGGUAGUCUAGAAUAAAUAAAUAUAGUGUUGAACUGGGUUUCAAGGGGCUAUAAAAGCCCACAAUCUUCUUUAAAGUAUCAACAGCUAAAAAUACUUAGAGCUUAUUUGUUCCUACAGUAAAGAGAUAAGUCUGGACAAUCUUCUCAAACUUUCAGAGAAGUUUUAAGAAAAGAUAUGUGAUCACAAAUUGAGCUUUAGUAGGCUAAGUGAGACAUCAAUUUAACCAGUCUCUGCCAUAGACUGUAUAGACUGUGGACAACUUGGUUCCGCCUCCCGCCAGUAUACGGAUUUGAAGCCAAAAAGCUCUCUGUAUUUCCGUGAUUUUUCUUCAUUUCCUGAAAACCAGCAUUGUGCAGUAGCGUUAUAGGCAUUCCACCACUCUUUGGCGGGAGACUCACAGAGAGUUGCUGUGAUGACGCUUGGCUCAAACAGCGUAUCCCCCUGAGUGAGCUACACAAUCCUUGAACACCAAUAGGCUGUAUCAGGUGUCAAUCAUAGAAAACAUGAACCCCCUAAUAACUUUAACUUUAAAUUCAGAUAUUUCACAAAAUGUAUCCAUGAUGUCACUGGUGAUCGAGGAAAUGAAAAGCUAAUGUUAGCUAACAUUAGCCUGCUAAAUGUGAAUGAUACUGCAGGACAGACUGUGUUGUCCUUUCAUUUGACUGCUCUGCACUUGUGCAACUAUUUCAUGUAGCUUUACAUUAUAGCUAAGUAGAUCAACUUUAUUUAGCAUGUAGCAGAGUAAGCUAAAGUCUACUGGUCUUUCCAUAGAUACACCAGCGACUGAUCAGCGAAAGUUUAAAUUUCUCUCUACACUUGAGAAAACAGUGUUGAGCACAUUGCUGUACAAUUCACUUUUGAUGUAGUUUUCUGUAAACACAAGGACAUUUUAACUAAACGUCCCUUUAGCAUUAGCCGAUGGACUUACUGCAUUGGUAGCCUACGUAGCCUCUGUUCAAGAAAUCUGAGGCAAAUCGACAAAGUUAAGGCAAAAAUUAAAGGGUUUUGACAUGUUCGCCUGAACUGUUUUUCUUACAUUAGUGUAUUAACAAUUUUAUUUCUUUUGAACAGAAGCUCUGUUGUAAAAAUGCAGAAAGUAGAUGUGAAAUCAUGCUCAGCAUCCAAUUCUGCACCUGUCCCUCUCUAUCAAAACUCACUUGUGCCCUUUAAGUGCAUAACCUUGCAGCAAGUCAUGUCAUCUCACACUGCAAAUGCAAACUCAGAUCUAUCGCACAUAAUACAUUUCAUUUGUAAAGCGCUUUUCAAGAACACAAAGACGCUGAAUGUAGAUUUUACAUUCGGCACAUGUAGAUUUUAGCUCAAACUAUGUCUCUGCUGUGACCAGCACUGCCCAGCAUUACUCUGCAUUUGCUAACCAUCCUCCCAAAAUACUCUUCCUCCUCCGCUCCUCCUUGUCUUUCUCUUCCUCUGCUACUGUAAUAGCAGUAGAUUAGAGCUGACAGAGUGUGUGUGUCUUUGCUUUUAAUUUUUUACAUCACCUCACUACACACUUUUAUGUAACUGUCUUCUAGAUUUAUUUUUAUCCUGUGCCCUCUCUGUGUUCCUCAUUUCCACGUAAUUUUUCCACAGCAUCUUAUUUUUUUGCCAAAAGAUAUUUACACAUAGAAUCCGCUUUACAUGGAAAAGUCAAGGUUGCAGGGAACAUGACGACUAGAUGAGUUGAGGUGUUGCAGUAGUAGGCUUUAAUGAGUGCCAUACCGCCCACAUGCUCUUGUAUUGUUAUACUUGGUUUACUCUUGCUCAUGCUACAUUUAGUCAGGGGCAAAAUGAGCCUGCAGUGAGAACCCAAGUUUGAAGUAGCAGGGAAUAUUGUACUCUGCUGCCACCUGUUGGUGUGAGAGCAACAUAGCAGAAGCGUGUAAAGCUCUCUAUGAAGAAACAAAGGCAUGUCAAGAAAAAUUCAUGGUCACUGUGGUCAAAGCAGACAAUUAAACAUAAUUAUGCAGCACUUAUCAUACAUUAAAAUAUAGCAGAUAUAGGGAAAGAUAAUAUUUGCACAUUCUACUUACCUAAAUCAGUCAUAUUUAAAUAUUUCAGUGUGCAUAUAAUGCUUAAACACUGGUGCCUUUGCUGUGUUACUUAACUUCAAAUAAAUAGCUCUUACAAUACAAAAAAGAAAGAAAACAAUAUAUUGAAGCUUUUUAAUUUUUACAGCUGUUGUCAACAUAUUUUGUGAAAGCCUAUAUUACCAAAAACUUACUUUUGUACUGAUGUGAUUGUUAGUUUAUAUUGGUUUCAUGUACAAUGGUUGGAACUGUGUUCAAUUUCUUUACUAUCUUGUUGUUGUUUUUUUAUAGUAAACAGUUAAUACAAGGCUCUGACUUGUAAUUUUUAAGAUUUUUAUACAACUAAAAUUGUGAUCAAACUGCUGUUUCAUCUUUCUGGUUCUUACCUUACCAAUAAAUGCAAGAUUAGGAAACCUCUUACAUUUUUUAUUACUCUCAAUGAAAAAAAUAGACCAAUCAAUAUUAACCACAUGAAUACACAAUACAUUUGCAAAAUCUGAAAUAAAUAUCAACUUUUCAGAGGACAAACUGAAACAAACAGUAUCUAUAAUUCAUUUUGUAAACAGUAAAAGAAAUAUUUAACUAUCAUGCAACCCCUUUUUACUUCAUCAGAGUCAUUCACAGCACAACUUGUCCUAAUGUGGAUUACGUAGGUAAAAGAGGAAUGUCCAGUUCAAGAGGAGAGUAACAGAGAUGCAAUAAUUUAGUGAUGGCAGAUCUCUUACCUAACAGGGAAAAAAAAAAAAGAACUUGCUCUGAAAUUGCUGACUCAUCCCAUCUUGAGACUGCACUUUCGCCCAGAUCUGAACAGGAUUUUCUCAUCAUGGUUUUUCCCACCUCUUUAACAUUUCAUCUGAUGAUGCUCUGGAGAAGAAAUAAUUCAUUACAUUAAUAAAUGGUGCAAACAGGAAAAAAUUCAGUUUUAUAUUUAUUUUUUUUAGAUAUAUGAUGGACAACUGAACAGGCUUCAAAAGAUAUUGUUAUCAUUAUUUAGAAAAUAGCCUAAGAUUAAUUAAGUGAGAACAAGUGAAGGUGCAAGAUUCAGAAUUGAAAGUCGACUGUAAGUAAAAAGAUGCUGAAGUCAUGCCUACUGAAGGGAUAGGGUUCACAUUAUAACAAAACAAACAACUGUCUUGUUACAAUAUUAUGAGUGGCUGUAUUGUUUAAGAUUCAAGUUUAAAAUAUCUGACGAUGAUAUAAACAACUUCUAAUCAAAAUAAGAAACUACCCAUGUUGUGAGUUACUCAAACAUGUCUGGAUAGUUUAAGUUUAAGUUCAGGGUGCUUUAUUGGCAUUGAUGCUAACAACCAUUGUUGCCAGAUAGUAUUAACAGGCCUCUAUUUAUACAUCUAUUGAUUGUAGUAGUUCUGUAUCAGCCCAAACAGUGAGUAUAAAUUCAAUAAAUAUUGACUAAUCUCAACCAAAUGUCUGAGCUCAGCUUGUCAUUGGUCUAAUGUGUAUUGAUCUCCACACAGCCCUGUGUGUGUGCACUACAGUUAACAUUGUCUGCGCUCUGAUUUGUGGAGUUGAUGAAGUGGUUAAAAGAUAAUGAAGAGAUGAUAGAGUCCCGGGCGCUCGUCAUUUCGUUGAGCUGAUAUGAUGCAGAAAGACAGCUCCAGAUGGCAAACAUCUGUCAGGGGGAUUACAUGCAGUUACUUAUAGUUAUCUGAACUUUACCCUCCAUCUGUAAGUGUGUGUGUCAGGGUGUAAGGGGAUUACAUCUCUUUAUGAUGGGAGAAAAGAAGAGGGAAAAAUCAUGGAAACAGUCGCAGUAUCACUUUGAACUUGUGGUUCUUUUCUCUCAUGAAAUCACUUUGUUGUGAUGUAUUUUAGGGAAAUUUUUUAAAAGACGUGAAACAGAGAAGAGCUCUAUUUGAUCUGUUUGGUAAUAUUUGAUUUUUGAAAGUGAAAGUUACACAUGACUCAAAAUGGUUAUUGUAGACCUUUAUUUCUCCCUAAUUUGCCAGUUAAUACCACCUUGACCUGCUCCCUAACUGCUAUACUUCAGUACCAGAGAGGUGUGUGUUUUGAGACUACACAUAUCAGCAGGGAUAAAGGUUACCAUGGCUUCCAUAUGAGCUAAACAUGCAUUGUUGCUUCAUAGACUAAUGCAUAUUUGUAAUAAAUACCUCUCUGAUGCUCAUGUGCAGUCACUGAGAUGAAAAGGCAGGUGUAAUUAUCUCGCAAAUAUACAGAAAAAGGCCAAAGCUCUAUCCUAUUUGCAAUGACUCUCUUCGUAAAUUAUAGUCAUACUAUUUUAAAGAUCUUCUAGCUGUCAAUCUUGGAAAGAAAAGACGACGGGGGCAGAUCUAGGACAAGGUUUGGGGUGGCCAAUGCCCCUCAUGAAGUGUGUGGCCACCCCAUAUUCAUAAACUGUGUUUGGACAGAGAUAGUGCACCAGGUUGGCAACCCCAUUCAAAAAAAAAUUAGACACCAAAAAGCAUCCAUUUAUAGGGUUUUUGGGACAGCCCAGAGCUGCACUAGAUACACUUGGCAAACUGUAAGCAUAAAUAAUUUGGAAGAUAUUCUGGAGAAGAUUGUUAGACAGGAACUAUUUUAAUUUUGGCAGCACCAGCAGGUGAAUCAGUGUAUAUUGGAAAUGUAAGCCUUUUUCAUACUGUCUCACCUUCUCCCAUGAAUAUUUUAGAGGCAUGAUGGUUGGCUGAAGUUGUCCCAUCACUGUGUCUGUAUUAGAGUUACAGAGGUGUUGCAAAGGCAAGAGCAGGCAGGAUGCAACAGGACCGUGUGUGAUUAUGUCUGACAGUAUGAAAAGCUUGUGCUAGGUCUUCACUUCUCUCACUUCAGCAUCACUGUAACAUGAUGUGAAAUGACACACAGGGACACCAAUAUCAAGUGGUUGCAGGAUCAGUAUGACAGCAGGAAGGCAUGGUGACGGCCGGGCUGCAUCACAGCUCUGGUGCAAAACGAAGAGGGUUUCAGACUCUGUGGUUCUGGAUGUCGGAGCACUUUGACAGCGGGAGGCCCCCAGAGCAGAAAACCCAUCAGUAAUUUCCCAAACCAAGGAUGUAUUAGUUUAAUUCAUGUUUAAUAUCUUACUCUGGCUCCAAAUGGAAUUUCUUUGUUUUUUAGUCCAAUAUUUUAUUGUGCGAAGUAUGAAGAAAUUACCAGGUGAUAUGAAGAUGGCUGAGAAUGUCACAUACAUCUGAAGUGAUGAUGAAGCUGAUGAUGCUUUAAGGACUGAGCGGUGAUGAGAUGAAGGGUUGUGUGUAAUUAUGGUAUGAAUGAACUGGCAGAAGAGGAAGGUCAUAUCCGCAACAAACACGGCAACAAUGUAAGAGGCGGUUUAUAAAGGUCUGUUGCAGUGCCUUUGAAUAACAGGUGAUUAGAACAGGAGACAUGAGUGGGUAUGAGUUGGGAAGUGAAUGGUGUCAGCGUACAGAACAUAGUCUCUCUGACAGAUUAAAUGUAUCUAAAGGCACAAAUAAUGUCACCUAGAUUAAGAUCUGAACCUGAAUUUCCUCCUGAACUUACCCUAACCCUAACCCUAACCACACAAAAACAGUUUCAUUUCUAAUCAAGUCUUAAAACAGCCCUGUUUGUAUGAGAAAAUCUUUUUAAUGAUCUGGGUGUCCUUGGUCAUCAUUAGCUGAACCGCUCAGCAGUACAUAAGGGCCUAUCAUAAAUAAAUAUAGCUUGAUCUUUUCCAGCUGCAGCAGUAAUUAACGUACACAUGACAGCAUUCAUCAUUAUAUCCAUUAGCUACGAGAACUCAUCUAGAGAGGAGCCCUUCACAUGCAUCACAGAACAAACAAGUUUUAGUCCAGUAUAAUAAUGUCCUCCGAUUUGACAUGCCUCUUCCUCGACUUUUGCUUUUACAACAUGAUGUGGUGCUCAUAUUGAGUUUUUGAGGAAGUUUUGAAUGCAUGGCUUUAAAUGGAAACUGCAAAAUGGACUGUAUUUAUGUGGACCUCAUGUAACAUUCACCCACUGCACCACUUAACACAGUAGAGGCUGCCAUGUAAAGCAUCUAUAUGAUUAACCAAGCCAAUUAACACACCGCUAGUAUGCCCAUCAGGGGCAAUUUGGGGCCACAUACUGCCAUGUGUAACCCAUAAGAGUUGGUCUAAACUAUUGUACUGUACUAGUGCUAAAAAUGUACCUUCCUCUACUACCGAGUGAAGAAGAGAGUGUAACUUCCAAGAAAGGAGAAGGCUGAGAAGGCAUAGAAAGCAUGGCAGCGCAUGAAUUUUUUAAAUCCAAGAGCAGUUUUCUGAAUUCCUCCUAUACGCAGAAACAGAGAGAGGGAGUAGAAUAUUUAAAAAGGCGUCCGUGUUUUCUGCACUUCACUCUCUUUACAAAACAAAAAACAAAGAUCCAGAGCCCGUCCGAAACAUACUCUCCCAUCAUUUCUUUUUAUCGUGACUGAUUCUGUUUAAGUAGAAAAAGCUAUCAUAAUCUAAUAAACACUAACUUCUACUUCCAACAAGGCUGUUUGGUUUUUAAUGCUCAGCUCUUGCGGGGAAAUAAACAUUACUCACUCCUGCUGCUUUGCCUCUCCUAAUGCACACAGUCAUUUUCCCAAAUUGAGGCUGCUCAGCGAGAAUACAUGGACGCCAUCAAACACUCUAAUGUUCCCCUUUCUAUUGCAGAAAAAGAAAUUACUCAUUCUUUGUUGCCCUCUGCAGUAAAAUAAAAGAAAGAAGGGAGAAGGUGUAGUCACGUUGCCGUGGUGAACAAACCAGCAAAACCCUCACACAAAUGGACAGCAAUUACAGCUAACUACACGCUCAUCGUGGUACACAACAUGCGUCACCGAGCAGAGCACUAAAUGAAGUGGUGUUGAACUCAUCAUCAUUAACAAUCCAGUUGAGUGUUUGUGUUUGUGUGGGAGGUUUUUGACUUAGCCUCUUUCCUACUGACUUAGCCUACUUUCAGGGACAGCUUGUUCCAACAUUGUGUCCCAGAAUUAGGAAAAAAAAAAAAAAAAACAGAUUUCCGGGUCAGUGUUGAGGAUUAGUGUUAGUGUGUUAGUCUCCAGGACAUGGACGCUCAUGCACAGCAGUAAGGGAGCAAUAAAUAAACAAGUGUCAGCUUUAAGUGCAUGUUCUUCACUUGCUGCUAUUCAUUUGUCGGCAGUAUUAUCCCUCUGUAAAUUGGUUGCCACAAUAACAUGAGUUGUAUGAAGAGCCUGAAGAGGGGGAAAAGGCUGAUGAAUGAGUGAAUGAAACAAGAGGCACAGAGCGGAGGGGAGUGGCGCAGAAAAGCAGUCAGAAGCGGCUUGUGUGUGUGUGUAGAGAGAGAGAGAGAGAGAAGGAUCACAAAUCCAAGAGAACCAGCUAAAAGAAGAGAGUCGUCCUUCAGUGACUGAUCUGAAAGCAACAGGGGGGAGAAGCCCCUUUAAAAAUCCAGAGCCGUGCAGGCAGCGAAAGACUCACCAGCAGGCUGACAGACAAGAGCGUGGACUAAAUAGAGGACUGUUGUUACUCUCUGGGUUUGUUUGACCGGGCUGGUUUCCACAGUGACAACAUGGGUGCAGUGGUGGGCACUCUGACCAUGCAAACCAAGCAGAGGAGACCGUCCAGAGGUACGUCAACAUCAGUCAGAAAAAAAUACAGAAAAGAAAAAAACAGCAGGAGAAAGCUAAGUGGAAGACAUAACAGACAAAGCGAGAACAUGCAGUUCACUAUUUGCCUCUACUGUAAUAAUAAUAUGAGUCUGUUCCUGUGCUGUUUUUCAUGAUAUGCAGGUUUGCACUCACGGCAAAAGAAAAAAAAUCAAAUUUUCAGCCACAUUUAUUUGCAUAAAUUUAAAAUCAUUGAGCACGGAACUCAGGAAGAGCAAAGUGUUUGUGCUCAUGUCAGUGCUGUUUUCUUUGUUUUGCACACUCUAACAUUGAGCAAAGAGGUCAGGUAAAAUGAAAAAAAAGGACCUGCAAGUGCAGAUAAAUGUUACUGACAUAUGUCAAAAUUGCAUUAAGUAUAUUAACGAACUAUGCAUUAUUUUUUACACACAAAAAAUGUUUAAAUAACCUUUUCUUUUAAAACAAAAAAGGGACAAAUAUACACCUCAGGAAGUGGCAGCAGAAUUUUGAGGGAUUAAGCGACAGGAGGUGUGAGCUGUGAGCCGUAGCACAUACUGCUCAUGAUGGAGAGAUUACAGCGUGCCAUGAAGUAGGAUGCCCUUGAAAACAAGCAGAGAGCUAAAAUCACAGCCCCUGACUCUGUGAUUAGAUGUCUGUGUGUUUGUGUGUGUGUGCCUGUUUAUAUGCGUGUGUGUUAGUGUGUGCUUGAAGGCGCCAGAGAGUGAGUGACAGCGAAAACAGGAGGAGGAUGAGGGUUCAGGCGUGAGCAUGUGUAUUAACAGGCAGCUCACAUAUCAUACCUCUCCCUCGCCUCAUGCUUGAGAUCCUCGUCGUCAUGGAGACUGGGUUAUGGGGCAUGAGAGGAGAGAGAGAGUGAACAGUCCUCAGCUGGGAUGGAUGAUGAAUUAAUGGCAGAUAAAAUCCAUGAAGCAGCGAAGCAAAGCAAUUACUCUUUAAGGUUGGACUUUACACCUUACAAGACGAGGGUGAGGGUUAGUGUUCAGCUUUUAAAAAGCUGAAAUGGAACCAUUCUGCUAUAUUUGGAUUACAGCCUUUGAUUGAAACAGAAUCAAAUUAUUUUUUCAGAUCCGUUAAAGUUUCCUUUUUGUUGCCAGUUAUGCUGGAGAAGUAAGAUAACAGGAGAUAGAUAACACUUUAUUGAUCCCAAAGAGGGUAUUUAAGUAUCACAGCAACCAGGGAAACCAGGAAAGGGAGGGAAAUUACAGCGGCAAGCAAUGAAAAUAAGUCUCAAGCUGAAAGAGAUUACAAGUUUUUCAGAUGAAAAAGAAGAGUUUACUACAGCGGCUAAAGAUCUGUAGUGACAUUAAAUGAAAGUAAAAAUAUAUUAAGUCAAAAACAGGAGUGGAUUUGACACUGCAAUAAUCUUCACUGUUGUCUGAAAUAAAACAUAAACAAUUUUUUCUUCUUUUUCAAGAGUUACAUAAAACAGACACAGGGAAAAGAUAAGUGCUGUACACACAAAACAACAGGCAGGAGCUAGUUAGCUUAGCUUAGUUUAGCAUUAAGUGUGACAGCAGGAGAAAACUGCUAGCCUGACUUUGACCCAUCAUGUGUGAUGAAACAGGUAGUUAUGAAGAUUGUAAUCCCAGCAGGAAGGUUUUCUUAUUUCAUUAACCAAUCACUGUACAUUUGCCUGCUGAUUAUCCAGCUAACAAUUAAAGCCACAAACUAGCUGACACAAAAUUUUGAUAAAAAAAAUUAUAUUAUUGGUUUCAAAAAAUUUUUUUUACACAGCUGAGGAGUACCCCUGCAGAUCUACGGUCAGUGGCAACAGAUUCUUUUAGCCUCUUUUGGAGCAAAUUAAGACUAAACUAACAUUUACAUUCAUCUGCAUUAAAGGUGGGGUAGGCGGGAUCUGAGGAAGUGCCAGUUUUUGGGAGAAAUCUUGAGUGUAAACACUACCCCUCCCAACCAGUUUUCCCCUCAGCUCCUCCUCUCCCUUCCCUCUCUGCUCCAGCAAGCCCCACCCACAAACAGACGCUCCUGCUCGCUCAUAUCGUUUCAAUAAAAUUCAGAUAUAAUGCAGAUAAAUACCUCAGAUAAUUACAAACGGGGCCCAGUCAGCAUGAAAGUAAAAAGCAUUGAUACUACUGUAGAUGCCAACAGACUACCAGCAAACACAAUGUUUGCAGGACUUCUACAACUUCUCAGGACCCGAGCUAAACAGUUUAGUGGUGCUACAAGACGCAGCAGGUCCCAUUAGACAUGAAACACCUCUGUUACGGACACUUUGCUUACUUUGUUAAAGCGGUUUACCUGUCCAGCAGAAAUGUUACAGGGUCCGUAAGAUCCCAAAUCGUCCCCCAUCAUUGUUGACCCGGCUUCUUAGCUCUUGUCCGGUCUACCUCCAUUUUAAGCGCCCGUUAUUCCACCUGAGUCUCUGGUAUUUACUUUUUGCUUGUGUUGACAGUCAUGGCUAAAGGAGGAUUCAGACAAUUUUCUGUACUUUCUGGUUGGUUUCUAAUGUCUGAUAUUGUAGCACGCAAACUUUUGUUGGGCUCGUGAAUGAAGUGUUGUUUAUACACCACAAAAAAAGAUGCCUCUUUAACGGAAUCCUGCCUACCCUACCUUUAACCAGGCUAGUCAUUAUAAUUCACAUAAAACACAACAAUUCCACUUAAGGUCACUACAGAUAAGGUGAAUGAAACUUCUGCAGGAGUAUCUAUGUUGACUUUUUUGCUCUUAUUCAGCUUUUUCUUCUGGCUUUGACACAAUUUGUAAAAUAGCCACAGUUUAUCUCCACUGCUAGGGAUGCACUUACCACCAUUGCUGCUAUUUCCUGUGCAGCAGGACACUAUCUUGCCUACCUUUUCCCUACUACACCCUUGGUUGCGGUUUAAUAGUUCCCCAGGCUGACCUCACAUCAGUCUGCUAAGUGUCACCAUAUCUCUGUCUCCUUUCCAUGGAUUGAUUUGAUCUGACAUGCUGUACCUUGUGUUGCUUUUGUUGUUAUGAGUUAAUGACUGUUGUGAUGGAGUUUUGACUAAUCAUUACAAACUGAACAGAGCUAAGCUAGAGUAAUGGAUGCUGGUUGCAGUGUUACAGACAUUACAGGAUAUUACAGGAUCGUAUAAAGCAGCUCACAGUGCUUUCUAACUUGUUGGGAUAAGCCUUUACGGUGCACAAAAACAAAAAGAAAAUCAGUUGUUGUUGGUAGAAGCUACACUUAGACCCACAGCAAUUAAGCACUCGGUCCCUCAAAUAGUUUGUGUGGCCUAAAGCUUUUUGCUGUAUUUGAUUUAGAUAGUGCGACAGAGCUGCAGAUUGUCCAUAAAACCAGCACCUGACACACUCCUUUAAUUAUCUCUGUGCCCUCAUCAUGUAACAUGUCCCUCCCAGUAUGUGCUGAUGAAUGUUUAUGUGCAGAGCAGCUGUUCCCCAGUUACAUCAUCAAGACUCCUGCUUCUCAUACAAGCAUCAACACUGAAAAUAAGGACGACAGUAUUUAUCUGACUGCAUGUCUUAUCAUGUUUAAGUCACACUAUUUUAUCACCAAAAUCAAUAUGUCCAGUAUAUCUGUGUUUGUCUUUCACUCUUUCCUUUUUUUUGUGUCCUCUAAACAUAUUGUACAGUCCUCACCUUUUUGUCUUCACACCUCGUCUUCCUCUCUAUCGCCAUGUCUCACCCUCUCCUAAUCAACACCUCUGCUUCCUUUUCUCGCCCUCAUUUCAUUUCAUCUGUUCCCAAUCACACCAUCGAACGACACCUUCUUUUUUUUUUUUCAAAUAUUAAAGUGAUAAUUUUUUGUAUAAACUGUGUCUGUCACAGUUUCCUUCUUCUGUUGGUUCAGAUAACCAACCACUGGUCACAUCCAUCCUGGUUGUCUAUCGUCAUGACAACGGGAAGCAAGGAGAUCACAGCAGGAGCUCGGGGGAAGAUUUGGAGAGGAUUGAAAGAUAGCAACACAUAACCUCAUGCAAUGAUGACUGACAAGAAAUAGUAUAAAAAGAAGUAUAAUAUUGCAGUAUAAUCAGAAAGGUUCUGAAAGUGGGGCCUAGCAGGGAUAAAUCUGAGGAGUAAAAUAAUAAUCUGUCUUUGGAUAUGCUAAUUUCACAAUUAAUCCCCAAAUCUCUCAGGCACAUUAUCUCUCUGGAUUACUCCAACUGAUUCAAACGCAUAAAGACAAUCCUUUUGAAAACCCCUUUAUAAGUUUGUUUACAUAAUUUCUGAUUUAGCAUGAAAUCAAAAAGGGGGUCUCAUGAAUACUUUAUAUAACCUACAUAUUUGUAAGCUUUUAGAAAAGGUUUGAUCUCAGUAAACACAUGCAAAUGCAUAAUAGUAAGGACCUUGUUUCAAGGACUAAAACUGCAAUAUAAUUAAUAAUAAACAAAUGGGCAUGAUUCUACGAUAAAAACUAAAAGCAAUCAUGCAAAUGUGGCUAAUCUGAGCUCCAGAACUUUUUAUUGCGUACACUUAAUGCUUAAAAGUUGAUAACCAAUUAGAUAUUUGAUCUAGACUUCUAAUUAGGAUCGUCUCUGGCAGAUGAUUUAUGACACCAGAUACAGUUUCAGUGUCGAGGAUUAAUCCUGACCCUGCUGCAGGAAGGACUGAACAGAAUGAGUCAUCACUGCCGUCCAAAAAGCCCCGAAGUAUUAUAUUCAUUUAAUCUUCUUUUCUAAAAGACUGACUGUGCCAACUGUUCUGCUACAGCCACACGAUCCUUUUUAAGCCUGUGCAUGAGUGCUAUAAUGUUUAAGUAUUUAAUGUGUUGCUUGUGGGUUUUAAGAGGAUCUAAUGGAAGUAAAAAUCAAGGAUGUGUCAUAUCACUCUAUAAAAUCGUGGUAAAUUGCAUCUGAGGGACCAGUUUGGAGAUAAAAUCCUGCAAGUCACAGCCUGUGUAAAAGUGCCACCCUCACACAAAUCCAAGCCUGUGGAUGUGUGCGUCCGUCUUUACAUUAAAUUGGUACAAUAUUUGCUCCCUCAUAAAGUGAAGGUGAUAAAAGUAUCCAGAGAGUACCUUAUGUGUUUAUUUUCUCCACAUUUUUUUUCCUGUGUGUUUUGUGUCCUCUCUCAGUGUCAGGAUAUCAGUGUUGCCCUGUUGCUGGACACACUCAUACUCACCUAAAGCAGCAGGACCAUACAUUCUCACAUCAUUAAGCACCAUCCAUCUCCACAGCACCCGAUACUGAGCCCCAUGAAGCCAUUAAUAAAUUCCCUCAUCUCCUGAGGGUAGCUCUAUUUGUCAAGUACAUGUAGCCCCCCUGCAAAUCAAUUUUUUUAUCUCCCGUUUUUACCUUGAUGUGAUUCUCUCUCUGCUUUGUUAUUCUGCUGCUUCACCUGCCUUGUAAGCAUUUUUUUUUUUUUUUGCCGUCUAAUCAAAUGUUUGAAAUUGUUUUUGCAGGUUUUACAGUCAGAGACUUUGCUGAGUCGUCUUAUUCUGUGCAUCACUGCUUUCUAAAGACGACAAAGAUGAUAUGAUUACUAGGGAUCAUGGGUCUGUGUGCUAAGUAUCUGUCUUUGGGUGUCUCUCUUUCACUCAUCCUUGUAGAUAAAAUCGAUGACGAGCUGGAGAUGACGACGGUGUGUCACAGACCAGAGGGUCUUGAGCAGUUAGAAGCCCAAACUAACUUCACCAAACAGGAGCUGCAGAUCCUCUACCGUGGCUUCAAGAAUGUAAUCACAUUUAUUCUUGUUUUAUUACCUAAAUACUUCAGUGUAACCAGAGAAUGUAUUCCAGACACUAGGAACAUCAGAAAAUAUAGAACGGCUGAAUACUAACAUACAGCAACAGAAGUAUUCUGCUAUUGUCAUGCAGAUACAGGCUAAUGCUAACCUUGUUCACAGUCAUAGUCUUGUGCUUUAGCAUGUUGACAUCGUUAUAGUGAAAUUAAAAUCUCAUUUAUGUUAUGGAUAUAUUUUUGCAUACUAGCAUGUGUUAAUUGGUAAAAAAAAAAAAAAAAAAAGUACAAAAGCAACCUAGAUUAAUGUUAAUGCCUUUUUUGUCAUUGUUUGGUCCCAAAUAGUUGUCUUUGAUUGUUAAAGUUUUAACUGGCUGGUGUCACCUGAUAGAUGGUAGUAUUUUAGAGAAUCAAAAAGCAUUAAAUCGUGCUUUUUUUUAGCUUAAUUGUUGUGAAAAAUGUCUUUAAAUAUACAAAAAAAAAACAGGAGGUAAACCUCUGUUAGCGUGCUAGCAAACAUGCUAGCCUACAUCCAUUUGUGGCAGAAGAGUGGUCUGGAUAAAUAUCAAAGGUUCAAAAUCAUAAAACUGUCUCUUUUUUCCCCCUAAAGUAAUAUUUUGGGGCAUUUUCUGCCUUUAUAUGAGAAGAUGACAGUCUUACUACUGUUCUCUGUGCCAAGGACUUUAGCUUGUGUGUCUGGGGCCUGCACUAAUACCACUUAGCCAACCAGUACUCAUUCAAGUUCUAUUAAAUUCGUCCAUUAACACCAUGAAGCUCAUGGACUCUGAUUUAUCCUUUUCCUCCACAGGAAUGUCCAAGUGGUGUGGUCAAUGAGGAGACAUUUAAACACAUCUACGCACAGUUCUUCCCUCAUGGAGGUAAGCUAUAAUAUUUCUGCAUUUCUCUGACAUCUGCUCUGUGAAGCUUUUAAAGAACGGGAAAUCUUAUACAAUCAUGUUUUGAUUUUUACAGACGCAAGCAUGUAUGCACAUUAUCUCUUCAAUGCAUUUGACACCACAAACAAUGGCUCCAUCAAGUUUAAGGUAGAAACCUCUUCUGUGGUUACUUUUUUGCUUCACUUUGUGCAGUGUGUUUUUAAAUUGAGACUCAAUUUGUUUUUGUGUCUUUGUUUUUUUGUCAGGACUUUGUAGUGGGUUUGUCUACACUGCUACGAGGAACACUGAGAGAAAAACUGGAGUGGACGUUUCACCUCUAUGAUAUUAACAGAGAUGGCUACAUAAACAGAGAGGUGAGACUCUUCUGCUGUCACAGAGUUUGCAGUGUUACAUGUAUCAUCUACUUUUGGUGUGUUAAACCUCAAUGGGAUUCUUCUCCUCUUUCAGGAAAUGACUGAGAUUGUGAGGGCCAUUUAUGACAUGAUGGGGAAAUACACUUACCCUGCACUCAAAGGGGAUGUCCCACAGCAGCAUGUGGAUGCCUUUUUUCGGGUAAAAUUCAAAUGAUUAAAAAAGUGACAGGCAGAAACUUGGCUCCUACUGUCUCUUCUUAUGUAAAUUUCCAAAUCAUUUGCUUUGGUAUUAUUUAAGUUUUUGGCAAAUGCAACACAUUAAAUGUAUUAAUAUAUUUCCUUUGUAAAUGUUUUUAUGUUUCGUUUUUUUUUUUUUUUUUGCAGAAAAUGGACAAAAACAAAGAUGGAGUCGUGACUUUAGAGGAGUUUGUUAUCGCCUGCCAGGAGGUAUGCUUUUCCUCAUAUUUGAAAUUCUAAGUCAGGUGGAGCAUGUGGCAUCUAUGUGCAAAGGUGGGCUGGGUGGAAAGCCAACAACGUACACUUCAAUUUUUAAGAGCCUUUACCUCCUGUAAACAUCAGUUUUAAUGCAGAACCAGUGUUCUGUUACAGAUUAUGGGUUGAAAGGAACAGGCAGAUCCACCACACAGAAAUAAGUCCCUGCAUUACCAGAUUAAAAGACAUGUAAUAAAAAAUAAGUGCUUAAAAACACACCAGAGUAGAGGAAAUAAAGCCUCUGGCACUCAAAAUUUCCCAGAGGAGAAAUUUAGAGCAAUUUAAGAUUGACCAGUUAAUUUAAUGAGCAUGUCUUUGGCUUGUGAGAAGAAGCUGGACUACCCAGGGGAAACCUAUACAUGCAUGGGAGAACAUGUAAACUCUACAAGACCCCAACCAGGAUACAGACCAGUAAUCAUCUUGCUGUGAGGCAACAGUUCUAACCUCCCACCACCAUUCUUUCCAUGACAUAUAUAAGAGCGAAAAGGUCUCUUGUCUAAUGAGGUGGGCUAAAACAAGCCUUGGUGUCAGGGUAUGCAGGAAAUAUUAUACUGAUUUCACUUGUAGUUACUUUGAAACUAUUCAGUGGUUUUUCAACAUGUUUCUAGGGUGUUGACUGUCUGGACCUCAGGAUGUAAUUUUAUUGUCUAAAAAUAGGACGGGGAUAAACAAGCACGGACCGACUUGUCAAAAUUAAUUUAAUUUAUUUCAAAAAUAAAUGAAAUUUUUUUUCAAAGCACAAUAAAAGAUGAAAGUGCAUCAUCAGAAUAGAAUCACCCUUCGAAUUUAAAUUUAUAAAUAGCACUACUCAUACAAAUGUAAAAAUAUAUGCAGUUUAAUAGUAGGUUACGCUAGUUAUGUUAUGUUGCAUUGAAUUACGUUACGUUAUGUGACAGUGUUUUCUGUGUUAUGUCACUUAUGUUAAGUUACAUUAUAUGACAGCAUGCUGGUUAUGUUACAUUGCGUUAAGUUGAUUAUGUCUUGUUACAUUACAUUGCUAUGCAUAACAUUGCUUGGCAUUAUGAUGCUUUGAUUUAUGUUGCUUUGCGUUACAUUACAUUAUGUUACAUCACGUCACAUUACAUUACAUCACAUUACGUUUUGUUACGUUACAUCACGUUACAUUAUGUCAUGUUACAUUAUGUCAUGUUACAUUAUGUCACGUUACAUUAGGUUACAUUAUGUCACGUUACAUUAGGUUACGUUACGUUACGUUACGUUACGUUACGUUACAUAGCAACAUAUCCAAAGUCUUACACUUUAAUAUCCUAUUAGGAAAUUUGUGUGAGACACAUUAAAUAAUUGUUUAAAUAUUUAUAAGUAUUCAAAUAAUAACACUCCUCCAGAGGUAUGAAAUGCUUAAAACUGAUGUCUUGUUCAAUGUACAAAGUAAACUGAUGUUAUACAUGCAAAACAGUGCUUCCCUCCAGCUGUGCAGUAGGACAAACUGUACUGAUAUUCCAUUAUACAAUUAUUACUGUACACUGCCGGUUAGUUGCAUCAUUCUGCUCUGAUUAUUUAUCUUCUCUCUCUGCAGGAUGAAACCAUGAUGAGAUCCAUGCAGCUGUUUGAAAAUGUGAUGUAGGACAGAUAAUGAUGGUGAAGAUAAAGACAGGGCAAAUGAGAGGGCUUUGUUUAGAUGUAUGAGUGUGCGUGGAUGCGAAUGUGCAAUACCUCCAGAUUUCCUCCUCUGCUCCUUCUGUGGUCUGGAAAAAAACCCACAAUGACUUAAAAGACUGAGCUGGAUUGCUUUUAGCCUUCCCGUGGAGAUUUUACACACAAAUCAAAGUGACAGACUGUGCUCUCAGUCCUAUCCGGAAGAUUGACACGAUGGAGAAAAAGAUGCUUUUACUGUACAUUACCAGGCUGCUCCCUAUGACCAGCGAAGAGCUACUGUUCAACCAGCAAGACUUUGUUUCUUUCGCCAAGCGAUGUUCUUUUUUGCCAAAAACUUGCAUGCUUUUGCAACUGUUUUGAUUGAUCUCCAAACGUUCUUUAAAUUUGUGAUGGAAAUUGGGCCAUAUUUAUGUUGUGCAUUGACUGGUUGUCAGAAGUGUCCUAUUUCAAAUGUCAUGUGUUGCUCGCACUGUUGCAGUGACCCUUGUGCUUUUGUGUUGACCUGGCUGUCGCUUGCCUGCUGAGUGUGUCUGAAGCUUAUUGUCAAGAGUCUGUGUAAAGCUUUCAGGGUCAAACAGUUUGGGAAAAGAACAUUUCAUGGGUCUCAUAUGGUGGGUGUAUGUGUGUAUUCCUGUCUUUCUGUCUAUGUUUGGACUUAGAUUUAAGAGGAAAGGAAGAAAAGAUCGAAUCAUUCUUUUAUGUUAUCACUGGCUGCUUUGAUUCUUGGUCAAAUGAACUUAUUGUCAAGAAUUUUAAAAAAUAGUGUGAAACGUGCAUCAAAUUUUGAUAAAAUGACCGCAAAAUUAUGAUGUGGAAAGAAUUGUGAUUAUCAAAUAAGUAAUUAUUUUGCACAAGUGAUCAAGGUGUAAAAGGCCACAGUGUUGAUAUUAUAUUUGUAUGGUAUGACAUUAUCGGUCACAUGCAAAAAUUGGUUAUUGUCAGACAGUUUUUGUUAAAGCCAUUCUUAUUAAAAUCCUAAUAUUUAAAUAAAUGUUUAACAUAUAUAUUGCAGGGACUUGCAUACUGCUGUGUUUCAGCAUUGCCAUGUGAUAUUCUAACGACACUGAGGACAUCUGUAAUGGUGAACAUUUGCCACUGCCUUCUCUAUCCAGUCCAGAUCUAUGAUGUCACACUGACGUGCAGCUAAAUACAGAACAGGGUGACUCAGGCGGUUGCCUGCAGCUGGCUCUCUGUGAGUCAGGGUGUAUUUGAAAGCACCACUAUAAUAGAAAACCCACCAGGAUGUAGUAGUUUUUACCUUAAAUUAUUCAUCACUGUUCUUUUCUGCUGUCAAAGGGACAUAUUUUUAUUUGCUGUAAAGUACAUCAGUGUGACAUCACAGCCUCCAGCCAGAGUUUGAAACAGAGUUGUUAAAUCUCACUGACAGGAAUUUUAUUUAAAGCCAUAAGAAUAAAUCUUACUUUACUGUUUAU